UGGUAACGGUGGGGGGCAACGUGGUAGUGUGCGGGACUCGACGACAUCCCCCCGACCCCGACCCCCGCCGACGUCGCUCGUCGCUGUCGGUCAAACGCUAGUGCCCCUGUCUGUCUGUCUGUCUUACACGUGUACCGCACCGAGAGGUGUCACUGAAACUUUGUGGAGAUGCCUGAUGAUUUAAAGAUGGGUGACUUAAAAAUUGGUGAAAUCUACACCUCUGAGAAAAAUGGAAGUGAUGAAAAUGGUGAUGGAACUCAAACAAAGCCUUUCAAGACAAUUCUUCAAGCAAUGCGACAUGCUGGCAAAGAACCAUUCCCUGUGAUUUAUGUAGAUGGAAAAGAGGAUGGAGUGAAAUAUGAACCAGCUGCUAAAUCUCAGCUUAAGAAAAUUACUAAACUCUUUGUUCGUGAACAACACAAGAAUGAAUCAAAAUCCCAGAGAGAGGAUGAAGAUGCUAAGAAGAGGGAGCAGAAUUUGGAGGAGGCAAAGAAAAUUGUUUUCGAAGAGGACAAGUCACUUCCAGCUGCUGAACGUGUUAAAAUCUUCAAAACAGAAAAUUAUCGCAACAAGAGAGUUAAAAUUUAUGGAUGGGUACACCGCUUGCGUCGCCAAGGGAAGUCCUUAAUGUUCAUCACGCUACGAGAUGGCACUGGCUUCUUACAGUGUGUUCUCAAUGACCGUCUCUGCCAAACUUAUGAUGCCCUUGUUCUUUCAACUGAAUCAGCCGUCGAGUUAUUUGGAACCUUAAAAGAAGUUCCUGAAGGAAAGACUGCUCCUGGUGGACAUGAACUUAUGGUAGAUUACUAUAGAAUCAUUGGUCUUGCGCCAGCUGGCGGGGCUGAUAACUUGUUGAAUGAAGAUGCUAAUCCAGAUGUGCAACUAGAUAACAGACACAUGAUGAUUCGAGGAGAAAAUACUGCAAAGGUUUUAAGAAUGCGUUCUGUAGUACUCCAGGCAUUCCGGGAUCACUAUGCAAGCAGAGGGUAUUGUGAGGUCACUCCACCAACUUUAGUUCAGACCCAAGUGGAGGGAGGUGGCACUUUGUUUAAGUUUGAUUUCUUCGGGGAAGAAGCUUUCUUGUCACAGAGCUCACAGCUCUACCUUGAAACAUGUAUUCCGGCUUUGGGUGAUGUCUUCAGUUUUGCUCAAAGUUACCGCGCUGAACAAAGCAGAACACGUCGACAUUUAGCUGAGUAUACUCAUGUUGAAGCAGAAUGUCCUUUUAUUACUUUUGAUGAACUGCUUGAUCGUUUGGAAGAUAUGGUGUGUGAUGUUGUGGAUAGAGUUUUAAAUUCUCCUUUGGGUCAUUUGGUCUAUGAAUUGAACCCUGGAUUCAAAAAACCCGAAAAACCAUUCAUGAGGAUGAACUACAGUGAUGCCAUUAAAUGGCUGAAAGAAAACAAUGUUACCAAAGAUGAUGGCUCAUUUUACGAAUUUGGAGAGGAUAUCCCAGAGAUGCCUGAAAGAAAAAUGACAGAUGCUAUCAACAAACCAAUCAUGCUGUGCCGUUUCCCUGCUGAAAUUAAGUCAUUUUACAUGGCCAAGUGCCCUGAGGAUAAGAGGCUCACAGAAUCGGUUGAUGUUUUACUUCCCAAUGUUGGUGAAAUUGUUGGUGGAUCCAUGCGUUCUUGGGAUUAUGAGGAGUUGAUGGAUGGUUACAAGAGAGAAGAAAUUGACCCCAAACCUUACUACUGGUACACUGAUCAGAGAGUUUAUGGCACUUGCCCCCAUGGAGGAUAUGGACUUGGCCUGGAACGAUUUCUGUGUUGGCUCUUGAACCGUUACCACAUCAGAGAAGUAUGUUUGUACCCCAGGUUCCUUGAGCGUUGUAGGCCUUAGACAAUCUUGUUAUUUCUGCUAACUUAUGAAUUUCUGUUAGACGCUGUUGUAACCAAGUUUUUGAUUGAGCCAUUUUAUGACGGCUUUUUGUUCCUUUUUUGCUCACAUGUUUGCAUUUUCAGAUAUUUGAUUGUAAAUUAGUGUCCUUAUUCUUAACUUGCUGUUUUGUACAUCUCUGCUUUUGUGAUACAGAUCAAAUCAUUAAAUUAAUUGUCUCCACUAA